GGCAGACCAGUGAUGCAGAGCCUCGCACUCACCUUUAAAAUCUGUCAUUGGCUCAUACUCAUCCAGAUCUUCUUCAGUGGUGGACACAUCUCAGCAGGGAAAAAGUUGGGAUUUGUGUACAAAGACUUACACCGACAUCAUAAUAAAUCAUCAGAAAAUAACUAUGUGGGUCCUUGGGAAGAUCAGGGAGAGCAUGGACAGCAUUCCUUUAGAGCUGAGUCGUUACAUGGGGAAGUGUGAGGAGGAUAUCUUUCUCUCUCCUAAGGCGAGUCUCUCUAACAAUUUGCACAACAACAUCCUCACCCCAGACAAGAUCCCAGAGUUCUGCCUGCCGCCGCGGCUUUGCAAGAGAAGCCAGCUGCUGGAAGCUGAGAAAACAGCACCUUACCUGCACGGUCAGAACCAGAUACCCAAGAGUAGCACUUCUUCAGACACAACACAUAUAAAGGCAAAUGAUGUUAAGACGAAGAAUGGUGAUGCAUCAGUGGCUUGCAAGGCUAUAAAGAAACCUUUGCCAUUUUCAGCAGAGGGGUAUGGCCUGGCUGGGAUAUAUGAGAGCCCCAACACUCGAAGGAAAGAGUCUUUGUUCCACUCAAAGCGCCCUGUUUACAUGUUUGAUAGAAGCAUUGCAACUUCAGCACCCAGGCUGGCAAAGGAGACAAAAGUGCCCAAGAAAACCUUAUCUGGGAUUCUCCCUCCAUUUUUAUGCAAGAGCCUGUCAGAGACAGGAAGCACAGAAAGUGAAACACCUUCUUCCAGUGACACCUCUCCCCUCAGUUCCCCUUAUAGUGCUAAAUCUUCCCUUUACAUCCCAUCAGACAGUGGCCGUCUUAAAGGAGCAACGUCGUGUCCUUCGUUAAUUGACAGCAGGGAGGAGAGAGAGAGGUGGAAGAGUUUAAGUUCAACAACAUCUCCCAGUAGCCCUCCAAGCUUAGAGGGAAGCUCACUCACCUUAGCCCCACCUGCCCUGUUCCCACUGGAUGUUCUGCAGUGUCAAGAGAGACUUCAGCGUGAGCAAGUCCUCCCUUUGCAGGGCCGUGGUAAAGUGCGCCUCGUCAUUGAGCAAACCACAUUCUCCACCAACACAUUCUCAUCCCUGUCCACAGUGAGAGUCCGUGUGGUGUCUGUGGAAGGCCUAUGGGAUGGUACUGACCGACGAACCCAGAACUGUGCAGUGCAUCUGUGUCUGACCCCGGGGAAGAUGCAGCAACAGGAGAGCGCCACCAUCCGGAACUGCUGCAACCCUGUGUUUAAUGAAGAUUUCUUCUUUACAGAACUCAGUAGAGAGGAUCUGCUGGAACUGCAGCUCAGGUUAAAAGUGGUGGGUAAACCUGCAGCUGGAACACUGAGGAGAGGGACAGUAAUUGGAGGGAUCAGCCAACCACUGUCUCAGUUACUCUUUCUUAAAAAUGGGUAGAGGAGAAACUCAGCAAUAAAAUGAUGAAACUGCAUUACAUUGAUUUCUUUCACAGGGCAUAUUUUCAAAUAAAUUGUAUAUAACAUUUACUGAAUUUAUAGUUAAAAUUAUAACUAUCUCUCCUGCUGGUUGCAUUCAAUGUUGACAACUUCUUAAAAUUUUGACUAACAAUUUCUCAUAAACAAAUAUUUUGGAACAUAAAGAAUCUGAAUGAAGACCUAGGCUAUAUGUAUGUGUGUUUAUAUGUAAAACAUUAUUGGUCUACAACCCGCUAGUAUAUAUUAACAGUGCUCAAUAUUUACAUUUACAUUUACUCAUUUGGCAGACGCUUUUAUCCAAAGCGACUCACAUUUGAUUUUAUAUUCUUAUAUGAACACAUUCACCCUAACAACUUCAAAACAAACAAAUACAAAUCAAUGAAUGCAGGUUUAAGAUAGUCAAAGAUGUAGUUUUUGGGAAACACAUUUUUUCUUUAGUGAACUCUUUAAUUCUGUUUUGAUAUAAAAAUUUUAAAGUGUAGUCAAGCUUUUCUUCAGUACCUUGCAAUGUUUUUAUAAUACUUGUAACAAUAAUAAUAAUUUUAUAGAGGUUUGUCAAAGCCCAUGUGGUGCUGGUGUGUAACGUAAAAACAAUUAUUUAUUUUCUUGGUCCAGAUAUUGUUACACUUUUUUGACUUACAUGCUAGAAAUGUUAAAUCCAAUGUAAAAUAUUUUUAGACAUAUGUUUGAAAUGUAAAGUUUGAGCUCUACUCUAUGUGAAAUCACUUGUUCUGUCCGGCUUAGAAACAUUGCAGGAACCCGAGGCUCCUUCAGACUUAGUUAUCUAUGCUUUUAAUAUGUCAUGUCUGGACUACAAUAAUGCCAACUUGUUUUAACUGGCCCAGCAGUCUGUUGUGAUUGUGCCCUGACUCCUGCAAUGUAUUUUAAAAAGAAUUUUGAAAAGUGUUUGAUUUGGCUUGAUAACUUGAUCUCAUAAAUUUCUAGUGUCUUUUUUUAUUUCCUGUUUUUCUUCACUCCCUUCUGUAAAGCACUUAGUAGAGCAAGUACGCCUACUUAUUUGAAAACUGCUAGAAAAAUACUAAAUCGUGUCAAUGUACUGUUUCAUUAAUGAGUCAUUAAAAUAAAUAGUAAAACAAA